CCCGCAGAGCCGGCAGCCGGGGGCGGAAGUGGCUGUCUGUGGCCGGUUGAAGACUGGGACCGUUGAUUCACGCCUGGGAGUGGAUGUAGAAGAGCCCGACGAAAAUGCUGCGAUUGGUGGCUGGGCUGAUGGCGGUGGCGGUGGUGUCGGUGACAGUGUUGAUGGAUCGAUACAGUUUUGCGGGGCCACAGCAACCCCGGCUCCCAGCUCGCUCCUUCGCUUCCGAGCCGGCGCCCGGGGCGGAAGCCAACAACCUUUUCUGGGUGGUUCAGGUAACAGAUCUGCAUAUCAGUAAGUUUGUGAGUCCCAGUCGAACUUCUGAUUUUGAGAAGUUCUGUAAGGAAACAAUUCCCAUAAUUCAACCUGCUCUUACUUUAGUGACAGGUGACUUGACUGAUGCCAAAGCAAAGGAUGGACUUGGGUCUGAUCAGAUUGAGGUGGAGUGGCAAACUUACCAGACAAUCCUAAAAAGAUCUAAGGUCAUGGAAAAGACAAAAUGGAUAGAUAUAAAAGGAAAUCAUGAUACAUUCAACGUUCCUAGCCUGGAGAGUGUUCGUAAUUACUACAGGAAAUAUUCUGUGUGGCAGAAAGAUGGCUCCUUUCAUUAUGUUCAUAGAACACCUUUUGGAAAAUAUUCUUUCACCUGUGUGGAUGCAAGUCUUGAUCCAGGUCCCAAGAGACCCUACAAUUUCUUUGGGAUAUUAAAUGAGAAUAAAAUGACGGAGUUGUCUGCACUGAUCUCAGAAAGUCAUGAUAAUAACCAUACCAUUUUGUUUGGUCAUUACCCUACCUCAUCAAUCAUCUCUGUAUCUCCAGGAAUACGAGCAGCCAUGCGUUUUGCCUUAGUUUAUUUGUGUGGGCACUUCCAUACAUUGGGUGGCCUGAUGCCUGUCCUUCAUACUCGUCAUCCUGAUGGAACUUUAGAACUGGAGUUGGGAGACUGGAAGCAUAGUAGGAAGUAUCGGAUUCUUGCUUUUGAUCAUGAUCUCUUCAGUUUUGCUGACCUGAAAUUUGAAGAAUGGCCUGUAGUUCUUAUCACCAAUCCUAAAUCAUACCUUUAUAGUAGCUAUGCUCACGAGCCGCUACAGAGAAUUCUUCAUUCUACCCAUAUUAGAAUUUUGGCCUUCUCUCCUUCUCCUAUCAAGUUUGUCAAGAUCAUGAUUGAUGACAUUUAUCUUGGAGAUGCUAUUCAGGUGUCUGGACCUCUCUAUGUCUUGAAAUGGUCCCCCCAAAAUUACAGUCAAGGAUUUCAUCAGAUAGCUGUGACUGUCGAGGAUGCCAGUGGUAGAAGUGCCACUCAGCUUCAUACAUUUGCUAUGCAGGAAAAUCUUUCUCUUAAAUUUGGUCUUUUGGCAUCUUGGCUUCUUCUUAAUGAUCAUUAUAUAUGGGUACGCACACUCUUUGUUUUACUAAUUAUAUUUCAAGUUGUUUUGCUGAUUAUUUUCCGGUUUCGAGAAAAACCUAAAUUUAAAGAACCUCCAGGGGUGGCAGAACGAACCUCUUUUUCUCUUCAUGUCCUCAGCAAAACAGAUUUAUUUUUCUACUCAUUUUUGGUGUUACAUCUAUAUACCAUUCUAGGACCCUGGUUUGUUGGUGAGAUUAUAGAGGGUCAUAUGGGCAUCUGCUUUUCCUUUGGAUUAAUUAUUAAUGGCCAUUUCUUUGAAGGCAGCUCAACCUUCCUUGUUGGAAUUUUACAGGUGUUGUUUUUCAACCUACCAUUGAUGGCAUACACAUGUUGGUGCCUGUUGCUGCGCUGCCAAGGUCAGUGUUUUCGUUCUCAUCUGUAUCUUAUCAAACCAUAUUGGACUGUGCCCAUCCAUUUAAUCAUGUCACUUCUAUUUUUCUGGCAAGUCUUUUCCUGUUACUUCUUACUGAAGACAUACGGAACUCUUUCUUUUUUUCUCUCUCCAUUGAGAACUUGGCUUGUUGUACUAAGUUUCUUCCUGGUUUACAGAAUUUGGGCAAUGGAAUCUAUUGUUCUGAGAACCUUUAUUGUAGAUAUGAAGAACUACCAAGCUUCCUAAUGCUUCCUUUUUUUCCAGGAGGUUGAAGUAUACAUUCACUUAAAUUGUUAAGUGGCAAAGCUGUGAACUAAUUCCGGUUUGUAUGUCUUACGUUCUGGUUGCAUAGACAAUUGAUUAUGAAGGUUCAGGAUUGCCAUGAAACCCCUUCUGUCUUUCUCUGUAAUAAAACUGUUAGAAAAAAGUGACACCAUUUGCCUCAGGAACCACUUUCUUAUUAUAUUUAUAUUAAUAGUCAAUGGUUUUGACCACAUACUGUUUUAAUGCUAAACAAAAUUUAUGAAUGAAUGAUUGUAAUGUUUGGUUAGUGUUUCUAUUUUGUGUGUUUAUGAGAUGAUUUACCUAAACAUGAGACAUUUGCACUUUGCUGAACAGUAACUUAGUCAGCCAUAAUAGAAGGCCUAUUGAUCACCUAUUGCCCACUUUCCUUUUCAAAACCAGUCAUUUCGCCGACUUCAGACUCCAUUUUUUAAAAUGUUUUUCAAACUAUCUUGGGUUUUAACAAAACUUCUGUAGUCUGCCAAAAUUUGUUUAUAUACACUGUACUGUAACAGAUUUCAUGACAAGAAAAAAGUCAUAUAAUCGCUUAGGAUAUUAUUAUUUAUAACUGAACAGAGUCCAUAAUUUCUGGGUUGUUAACAUGACACCCAAAUAAUAGUCUGUUAAGAUUCAUAAUCAGAGUUAAUGAAAUGCAUACCUUUGCUUCAGAAAGCUGUCUUCAGAGUAUGCUGUGCAAAUUUAGUCAUGUGGCUUAUAAAAUCAAAAUCUUUGAUUUUGGUUUAGCAUAUUGUGUGAACUUAAUAACGUGUUUUUUAAAAUAAAUAAUACUUAAAUAUCAUACAUGUAAAAGUCAUAACUUAAUAUAUGAAUUCAGAUGAAAAAGAAAAUGUACUUUCUGCCUGCUUGCCUAUGGAAGUUAGCUUUAUUUCAAAUUCUUGGUGGUUUCCCCUAGUGAUUUCAGGUAAGCAGGAAUCCACUAAAAUGCACAUAAUUUCUUGAAAACCUCUCUGGAUUAUUGCUAGUAUUAAUUUUUUAUGUGUAUUAUUUAAGAUAUCAAUGUAGCCUAUUAACAAUCAGUUGCUGGAAAAUAUUGUUGAUUUUCUUGGUUCAUGAUUAUUAUGCUGAAUGAGAUCACAAUGAGAUUGAAAUAUACAGUGUUCUUUACUUUUGUCAUGCAGGAACUGAGAUAAUCAGUAAAAAAUAGAAUGUGUUGUAUCUUGUUAAAAAAUGAAUGUGAAAAAUACAAUUAAGUGUAUGCUGUAUUUAUAUGAAAAUGAGUCAAUUAUAGAACUACACAUAUUAAAUGAGCACCUAUUGACAACGGCUAAACCUUGUAGAAGUCUCUCUUUAAAUGUCCAAUACAAUUUAUCCUAUGCCAUAAUCAAUAACUGACCGGAUUUUUCACUUUCCAGGAUUCAGAGCUUAUAAUUAGGAUGAGUAUGGCUGAUGGGUCAAGCCACAGCAUGUUUGCAUGUUUACUGAAAAUAAUCCAACAGAUGUAGUUAUAAUACUCUAUAUAUCUUGAACAUGAUAUGGCUGGAACUAUGUAUGUGUAUUGUAAAGGAAUAUAACGGUCACGCUGUAAAUAUAUAAAUAUUACCUUUGGUUCCUGCCCCCUUGUUUAUUUAAUAGCAUGUACGGGCUGGGUCUGCAUAUACAUUGCAUUUUUAUUUAUUUUUUUCCCCAAUAUUUGUCUCUUGUAAUAAAAUGCUUUUGUGUACUAUUUAUCCAAUCUUGUAUUUGCUAACAUUUUGCUGUCUUAUCUGAAAAUGUUAACCUGUUGCCUGACACAUACAAUCAUUCUCAUGUCUACUUAAAAGUAAUUUGUGCAGAAUUCACUAGGGUUGAUUCAGAUAAAUAUAUAAGAAUUGCAGGGUAAAAAAAUUCCUACUGGAGUACAGGU